AUGGAUGUAGAAAUGGAUGCUCUCUUGAUUCGUGGUACCGGGAGUUUGGUAGAUUUACCUCCUAGUAAGGAUUUGGUGAAGUGUCGUUGGGUGUACACCGUUAAGUAUCACUCUGAUGGCUCUGUUGAGCAGUUGAAAGACCGGAUUCAGAUGAGGCUUAGUUUUCAGUUCCAACUUGCAAACAACAUCUUCAGAAACAACAUUGGUAUAACUGCCGAGGUCGAUCAUCAUAUUGCACAAACUAUCAUUGCAUCACACCCUGGUUUGAAAGAUACUGUUACGGCGCCAAUCGUCCUCAUGAAUCUUCUGUGUAGUCAAAAGAGGACGGAUCACAUAGAACGGUCGAGGCUCACCAUCACUAUCACCAUCAUUAAUCUCAUUAGGAUCAUGAUCACAUUCAGCCUCCAGAUUACUGUUCCUGUUUUCGAUGCCAAAGGAGGAAUCAAAAGGCUUAAGCAACAUUUAAUUGGUGGGUAUGGAGAUAUAUCAAAGUGCCCAAAGACAACUGCAGCAAUCGCUAGAGAGAUGCAUGAAGCUAUCAUGCAAAAUCAGAAGAGGAAGCCUGAUGUAUUUGAUGAGGAUUAUUCUGUUGGUCAUCAGGAGGGAGAUGAUUUUCCUGAAGAGAUAGAAAGUGGAGGGCAACUCCAGUCUGGUGUACCAAGGCCCCCAACUAUAGACUCCUCAAUAAAGAACCUUGUACCAAGUUCUGGGACAUCUUCCAAAAUGAAUAAAGCUAAUGUUAAUACACAAAUGGCAGUAAAAGGUCCGAUAGAUUCUUAUCUUAGACGGACUCCUAAAGAAAUAGUUGGUGAGAGGAGGUCUAAAGGUUCUACCCAGACAACAAUACAAAGCAGCUUAAGAUCAAAUGCAGACAUAAAGAAAACUAAUGCAUAUGUUGCAAAAUGGUUUUAUGAAGCUGGCAUCCCAUUCAAUACUGUCAAGUUAAGGAGCUUUGAAGAGAUGGUUGAAGCCAUUGCACAGUUUGGGUCAGGAUAUAAGCCCCCUUCUUACCAUGAGUUGAGAGUGCCCUUGCUACAGGAUGAAAAAGCUCAGAUUGACUAUGUAUCUAGUGAGUCUCAAUAUGCAGCUAUGUUAUUUCAGCUGCUUGAUAGUAAAAUUGAAGAAAUUAGGGAGGAUAAUGUGGUACAAGUAGUUACAGACAAUGCAGCUAAUUAUGUUGCAACUGGUAGAAUGUUGAUGGAAAAACGGAGUAAGCUUUAUUGGACUCCUUGUGCAGCUCAUUGUUUGAACCUCAUGUUAGAGGACAUUGGCAAGUUGAAAGCUUAUAAAACAACAAUAGAGAGGGCAAAAACAAUGACAAGUUUUAUCUACAGCCAUUACAAACUUGUUGAUGCUUUGAAGAAAAAGACAAAUGGAAUAGAUCUGGUGAGGUCUGGAGUUACAAGAUUUGCUACCUCAUUCUUGACACUACAAAGUUUGUAUAAGAACAAGGAUGCCUUGAAGCAAUUAUUUGUAUCUGAUGAUUGGAAUAGUUCUAAGUUGUCCAAGACAGAGGCAGGUAAGAAAGUACUUGAGACAAUACUUGCACAAACAUUCUGGAACAAUGUACUAGAUUGCUUAAGAGCAUCCCAACCAAUUUUAGUUGUCUUGAGGUUAGUAGAUGGUGAUAAGAGGCCUGCAUUGCCUGAAGUUUAUUUGGCAAUGGAAAUAGCAAAAAAAAAGAUAAAAGUAAAUUUUGCCAACAAAGAACGGUCAUGGAAGAAGGUGUUAGCAAUUAUUGAUGAUCGUUGGGAGGUCCAAAUGGAUCGACCUUUAUAUGCUGCUGCCUUUUACCUAAAUGCUAGCAAAUAUUUUGACUACAUCAAUGAUGAGAGACUCCCUUUUGAAGAAUCAUGUAAAAUACAAGAUGCAUUCAUGUCAGUUAUUGAAAGAAUGGUGCCCGACUUAACUGUGCAAGACAAGAUCAUACAUAGUCGGUGA